AUGGCCCAGGCCCUGAACAUGGCCUCCGUCGUCGUUGGCGCGGCCGCUUCUUCGCCCGUCUCUCCCACCGCUGCCAGCGCCGCUGCAGAGACCGGCAGAGCUCCAGGCCAGCCGACUGCUUCCACGGCCCAUCCUACGUCCCAGAACGGUCUCUCUUCGCCGGCAGCAGGAGAGUCAACGGAGAUGUCUACGUCUGAAGCAAACUCGCCCGGCCAGCAGCACCAGGAGCAGCAGUCCAUUAUCCGCUUCUUCGCCUAUCAAGACCCCCACCAGAACUCCCGGCCCUCCCUCCCCUUCGCUCCCAUGACACGGACCAUCACAGAUGAAUCCACGAUUAUAAAAGUAGGUCGGUACUCCGAGCGUGAAGGCAUACCCCCUGAAGGUGCCGCGGGGUCAUCCUCGGCCCCUGUUGGUUUCAAGUCCAAGGUUGUCAGCCGGAAACACUGCGAAUUCUCCUUCAUCGGCGGCCAGUGGCACAUCAAGGAUGUUGGGAGCUCCUCGGGCACAUUCCUCAACCACAUGCGUCUCAGCCAGCCUAAUGUGCCGUCGAGACAGUACGCCGUGCGGGACGGUGAUAUUGUACAGCUAGGGAUUGAUUUUAGAGGCGGUGAGGAGCUCAUUUUCAGAUGCGUGCGCAUUCGUAUAGAAUGCAACCGGAUGUGGCAGCAGAGAGCGAACCAGUUUAAGUAUGUUGCUCAUUUCUUAUUUUUUUUUUUAUCCGUCUUCUCAGUGGAGGGUGAACUUGCUAACAAGGCGUAUAGUAAAAACACGGAAGCUCUUAUAACCAAUCUUGGAAAGGGCUCUAUGGAUGCUACAGACUAUGAAGGUUGCAGGGAAUGCUCCAUAUGUCUCGGUUCUGUCUUGCGUCCAUACCAGUGCCUGUUCAUGGCUGCCUGUGCUCAUGUCUGGCACUACAAAUGCAUUCGCCGGUUGAUACAUUCUCCUGAAUACCCCAUGUUCCAAUGUCCAAACUGUCGGGCAUACACCGAUUUAAACGCUGAAGUAGACGACUCAAACGACCCAUACGAAGAUAAAAUCCAUCCUUCCCCUAAUACACAGCAGCAGCAGCAGCAGCAGCAGCAGCAACCUCAACAACCACAACUGCAACCGCAGCAACAACCCCAACAACCGCAACAUUUCCCACCUCAGGCCCCCGAAAACAACACAUCCAAUACCAACACUCCCAGAACACAUACAGCCAACAACUCAAAUUCAGCUCCACCUAUUGUCUAUACCCACACAGAAACAGACGGAACCCUCGCUACUGCUACUGGAAACAUGACCCUAGAGUCUGACCCUGAACCGGAACCGGAACCUGAACCUGAACACGAGCCAUCAGACGGUCCUGACGGAGAAGUCUUUCACCCUGCUGCAGAGGCGCCAUCAGUCUCUCAUGCAAACGACGUCCACCGCAGCCAUAACAUCGACAUAUUAUCUCCAAAUUCAAUUAGCGGGGCAGGCAUGGGUAGAAGGAGGGUACCGGACAGAGCAAACCGAGACACCAUAUAUGUCGAAGACCCCCUAACACCACGAAACGAUACAGGUCUCCUCGCCCUCGACGGCCGUGCCGGGCGGCUCUAACCCCGAGCUUUCCUACAGCCGUUUUCUUUUUUGCAUUAUCCAUCUCUCUUGUUGGGUCGGCAUCUGUCCAUCUGUCCCUGUUACACGAUUUUGUCUUCUAUCUUAUCAACUUACUACUUAUUCCCUCCUCAUCGGCGUUUGAGCGACUUCAUACACCAUGAUAUCUUCGUUAUCAACUCCCAUUCUUUGCUCACUUCUCCUUUGUCCUUUGUCUACUCUCCUGUCCAUACUAUCCUUCUUUGAUUCCCGCGGCAGCUCAAAAGAUCCCUGCGAUUACAUCAUGUCAUAUCUUUAUUAUUGCCUUUUUUUCUCCUGUCUCUCCUUCCACUCCUCUUGGAUAAAAUACAUAACUCUGGAGUAAGCCAAAUCACCCAAUGAACUGCCCUCAAGGGGGUUAUGUUUUUAUACAUGCCCUGCAGCAAGGAACACGCCCCCUCGUACUCUCUUAACUCUCGAACGUCGCCAUCGUCAACGUAAUUGCGUCCCCAUAGCUGCUAACCUACUUACUCUUAG